UCUGGCUGUUGCUCUCUCUCUCUCUUUCUCCUAUUUGCCUUUCUCUUUCUCUGUUUCAUUUAUUUUAUUUUCCUCUGUCUGUCUUGCCAACCUACGUAGCACAGCAUGCUCAACAUCAGCAUAGGGAGAUAGAUAGAACAGCAAAAGUGAGGCAGAAGAAAAGGACAGAAAUAGGUCUAGCUCUAACAUCUCACUCCGUGUGAAUGCAGCCUACUGUGUCAUCCAUCAUCCAUCUGUGUGGGGGACAUCUUUGAUCUGUCAAAGAAGAGGAUCUUUGAUUUACCAGAGUUGGAUAUCUUUGUGACCUGUUGAGGAAAAAUCUCUUUUGAAAUCUCCUAGAAAAGGAUAUCUUUGUACAGUGGGGGAUCUCUCCUCAUUGUGUAUUUCUAAGGAAGAUAGGAGAGCAUGUGUCCUUUGUGUUGACCAAGGAAAGGCUCUCGGAAUACUGUAAUGGUUAAAGACUUAAUUCAGGGAUGGCCCCCUUACUACUGAAUUGUCGACAGUACAUGUCGACUGUAGAGACAGGUUUACUAUGCUGACCUUUGCUUUGGUGAAGGCAAAAUAAAUUUGACAAAUGUGAUAUGAUAUUGAGCUAUAAAUGCAUUCAACUCAACUUUUCAUCUGCCAAUAAUGCGUAGGACACCACCCCGUCUUGACGGAACACAACAAAAGAUUGACAAUCAGCAGGGUGAGGAAGAAGAGGAGGGAAAAGAGGCGGAACAAGAAGAGGAAGAGAAGGGAGAAGAGGAGGGUCAUCAUGAUUUGGCUAAAUCUUCUCUAUGCCCGUCCUGUAGGCGUGGUUUUGACGUUGCCCUUCUCCUACCAUGCUCCCAUACCCUGUGUGGGCGCUGUGUAGGAGGUGGAGAGGGGGCAGGGCGAUGUGGAGAGGGGGCAGGGCAAUGUGUACUGGAUGAGGAAGGGGACGGUGUGUCCCAUGCUUCCCGUGGUGGCACCUAUUCUGCCCACCACCGCUCUACCAGUACGCCUGUGUGUGCCGUGCUGUGCCCUUGCUGUCGCCACCCUGUGGAGCUGCCAUGCUGGGAGUGGGCUUCUGCCACCUGUUGCCUGCCCCCCGACCCCACCCUGACCCCUGGGUGGACAGCCAGUAGUGCUGGGGACCAGGCGGAAGAAGGGAUGAAGGCCUUCUCACAGAGGAAUCCAUUCGGCAGAGACAAAGAGGAUGUCACGGACCAGAUCACUGCUGCAUGUGGCUCAUCACUGGAGGGAACUAUAGAUCUACGAGAGGAGGAGAUGGAACAGUCUGUCUCAGGUCUGACGUUCACCCUGGACCCCUCUGCUGCUGCUCCAUCCCUCCAUCUCUCCACCUCUUCUCUCACUGUGACGUUCCACGGACCAAGCCCUCCGCCACUACCCUCUCGCCAUCAUGGAAACAGGGUCACAGGGUCAGUAACAAGCACUGAAUCCCAGGAGUCUGCCCCCCAUCCCCUCCCUCAGGUGUGUGGGGACGUGGUCAUCAUCAGGGGUCAGUUCUACUGGGAGGUGGACGUAUGCAACAGCACCCUCUACAGGAUAGGAGUGAGCUCAUUGGACGAUGCUUGCGGCUGGUGGCUGGAAAGGCGGGGCUUGUCCUUCUCCACUGUGUAUGAUAGCCGUCGGGAGCCCUUACGUGCCGUGCCACCCCAGAUCAAGACCCUAGGGCUGUUCCUCAACAUGGGUGGAGGGACGUUGAGCUUCCACAACCCUCUGACCCAGGAGCACCUGGCCACCCUACCCACUCGCUUCAGCCAUGCUGGGGUACGUCCCGCUCUGGGGCUGGGCCAGGGCAGGCUGAGGCUCCACUGUGGCCUACCCCCUCCACCCCACGUCUUUCUCAGCCGAGCAUCUGACUAUAGAGGGCCCACUGGAGCUGGUGGGGGUCGCUGGCGCAGAGACAUGCCCUUCCGGUCUGUACGGAUGGUCAUCCAGAAGUUUGAGGAGCUGGCGGUGUCAGAUUCUGACUCAGGGCUGGUGUCCAGUUUUGGGUCAUCCUGCUCCACUCUGGCCGAACCAGGCCCAGGCCUCAGCUUCAGCCUCAGCCCAGGAGCAGCUCUCCAUUCUGGGAAAGAGGGAAAGGAGGCGGGGGCAGAGUGACAUAUGGAGGACAGAGUAUAGUACCUUGUACAAUGAAGGGCCUCUACCCUGCUGGUGAUAGGAGCAAACUGCUACCACAUCACGCUAGCACAUCGUCACAUUGAAAAUAGGUUGUCACAAGGUUGGUCAUGACAAUGUGACAAAUUUGGUAUAAACUUGUGAGAUGGAAGGACCAUUCUUCUGCUGUAUGAUGGGAGAAAAGUGAAUAACACACCAACUCUUUGGGAUGAGUUUGAUCUUUGGAUGACCAUUUCCAUGUCUAAUUUCCCAUCUCUGAAGAACUCUCUGUGACUUCUCCCCAGGAUGCUGGACUUCCUCUCAGCUACACAACCCCUGGAGGUUUGGGGCUGGGCCAGCGCUGUCUGUGGGAGUGUUAGGAGGAUGUCUCACUGGGGGUCCCAUACUCUGGUGUGGGGGUUGAUUGUAGGACAGUAGGGUUGAUACGGAUGGUGGUGAUGUGUGUGUGUGAGAUUGUGAGGCGUGGGAGUCAGUGGCGGUAACACUACCAGUGUUGACUCAGGGUCACAAAGACAGGUGGUAACGUACGUUUAUCCCGCAGGACGUUUGUGUGUGUGUGUGUGUGUGUGUGUGUGUGUGUGUGUGUGUGUGUGUGUGUGUGUGUGUGUGUGUGUGUGUGUGUGUGUGUGUGUGUGUGUGUGUGUGUGUGUGUGUGUGUGUGUGUGUGUGUGUGGCGUGCAUGAAUGGGCUGGGCCCAGAAGACCUCUGAUGACCACAGGACCCUACGACUUCAAAAGACAGGCAGGGAAAGAGGGAAUGACAAAGAUAAAGGGAAGGAGUAGGCCUUUAUAGAAAUGUAGCAGGUGGAGAGAUGGUUGGAGCAGGAAUAAGUCAGAAAUGUUAGAUUGUUUGUCCAAUUGAUUGUGAUAUUAAAUCCUACUGCAACAUUAUUUGUCUGGUCAUCUGAACCAGGAAGUAGUAUUAAAGAGGGAUUUCCUUCUGUCCCAUCCUGUCUCUCCAUGAUCUCUCUUUUCUUUUUUUCUGCUGUUUGCAUGUUGUGGAACAGACACUGGUAUCAUUUGGUCAGACCACCCAGAUUGUAAAUCAGCUGUAAACCACAUUGUAAAAAAAAAAAAAAGUUUUUACCGCAGGAAUAAAAAUGUGCAAC